AUGUCAUCUCCCUUGCGUCUGCAGGGGUAUUCUCGUGUAUUGAGAAUAAUGCUAACAUCUCUGCAGACACUGUGUGGCAAUGCCCACAACGCCAUGAAGUUGACCUCUUUAGAGACAAGCAUCUUGACGCAGCUUGAAGUUCCCAGCUCAUCCCCUGCAAACUCCGAAAGCCUUGCGCCGUUUGUAUCCGUAUUUGUCCGGCUGGACUCUUACAUGAAGGGGGUUCGCAACGCGGAUUCCCUAGUGUCUGAUUCAGCUGGAAAGUCUCUGACAAUCGAGCAGCUUCUCCAAACCGAGGAUCACGUACAACCCAAGCCGCCCCCUUUCAGACACAUGAGGCCAUGUCCAUCGGUAUUCAGCAAUCUCAGAGAAGCCAACAGACAUCUCGAAACCUUGGAAAACCUCUGCCUUUUCGCAGUGGAGCAACAAGGGGGCCCACGGGAUGUCCAAAAUGCUCACAUAUGCGGCGUCAGCAGUGGCCAUGGUUCGUUUGAAGCAUUCCGACGCAUUGCUUCCAAGGAGAAGUGGCUCAGAGUGCACAACACGCAAGAAUGGACCGAUUAUUGCACCUCGGAACAUUUGGUCGAUCUGCAGCAGUUCUUUGACUUCUAUCUCAAGGACGAAGACAAUGGGUGGCAACCUAAUCCCCGCGUCCGCCUCGCUGUUCUUGAUCCCGGAUCCGAGGAUACUCUGGAUCGCGUCGUCGCAGAUUGGCCAGUCCCGGGUCUCCAGUCGAAGGCUCUUUACCUGUAUUCCAACAACUCCCUUAGCGAGUCCUCUCUAUCCAACGAAGCCACCCUCAAAUACAACAGUAGCUUGGCGUCCGGUGUUACGCUCGAUUAUCGGGUUCCCGAGACCAUGGAGGUGACUGGGUACUCGAAGCUCCGUCUCUGGGUGUCCUCCCCUGAUUUUACCGACAUGGAUAUCUCCAUCUCCGUCCAGAAGCUUUCCACCAACGGGACCGCAUUUCCUAGCACCGGUAGCGAGAGUUCCAGCACGAUCGGUCCAACUGAUGCUCUCCCCGUCUCGCACCGUGAACUGGACAUCAAGCGCUCCACGGAUCUCGAACCGUUCUUACUGCACACCUCGGAGAGGCUUCUGUCGCCAGGCGAGAUUGUGCCAGUGGACAUCCCUCUUUAG